UAAGGUUCGAAUACCCCUAACCUCAACUCGCAACAUCAUAAAACUAACAGAUACAUACCAUCACAAGAAUUAGAGCAUCGCAGUAAUUGGCAUACAGUUUCAAGUGUAGAAGAAAUGUCCGCCAAAGAACAGGUCGAGCUCGAAAACUUCGGCAGCAUCUUCGACCUGGAGGGAAAGGUGGCCGUCGUCACAGGUGGAUCUAGAGGAUUAGGUCUUCAUGCUGCUAGUGGUCUUCUCCAAGCUGGCUGCUCCAAAGUCUAUAUCACAUCCCGCAAAGCAUCUGCAUGCGACGAAGCUGUCGCAGCGCUCAAUGCUCUCCCUAACAAGCGACCUGGCGCUCAGGCUAUCUCUGUUCCUGCAGACAGUUCGAAGAUGCAGGAACUUGAUCGGCUCGUAGAGGAAGUGCGCAAGACGACUGACCAUGUGGAUAUCCUUCUCGCCAACGCUGGCGCCACGUGGGGAGAGAAGUUUGAGACACACCCUGAGAAUGCCUUUUCGAAGGUCAUGGACCUUAAUGUGAAGAGUGUCUUUUAUUCGAUCCAGAAAUUCUUUCCCCUUCUCACAGCCAAAGCCACCAAGGAAUCUCCAUCCAGAGUCAUCAUCACAGCCUCCAUUGCAGGUCUCGUUCCCGGAGAGGGAGGCGAAAAUGCCACAUUCAGCUACUCCGCCUCCAAAGCAGCUGCCAUCCAUCUGGCUAAGAACCUUGCUCUGGAACUCGGUCCCCGCCAUAUCCUGACCAACGCGAUCGCGCCUGGUUUCUACCCGUCCAAGAUGGCGAUCGGUUUGCUUGAGAAGAAGGGCGGCUUGGAAGCGAUGGAGAAGCUCUCUCCCAACCAGCGUCUGGGAAGGAAGGAGGAUAUCGCGGGGUUGGUUGUGUUUUUGGCAAGUCGGGCGGGUAGCCAUUUGAAUGGAUCGGUCAUUGUGACUGAUGGAGGCAGUAUGCUGAAAGGUCGGUUGUGAUGUAUAUAUUGAAGAUCCGUGAGC